AUUGGGGAGGAGAGGAUAGAGGAGGAGAGGAUAGAGGAGGAGAGGAUAGAGGAUGAAGAGGAGGAGAGGGAAGAGGAGGAGAAGAUGGAGGAGGAGAGGAGGCCUCUGUUGAAGAGUGAGAACCAGGUCAAAGCUCCAGACCAGGGGAGCCACCCAGACCUCCACCCCAGCUUUAGGCUCCUCAAAUCUGUUAAAGACUCUCCGUAUCCCCCUCCUCCAUCCACACCCAGACACAGCAGUCCUGAAGAAACCCCUCCCCUCCCCUCCUCCUCCUCCUCUCCUCUGAGGCAGAAGGAUAGUGUUGAAGAGGUGACGACAGACUGUGUUGUAAUCAGGAUCCAGGACAUGAACUCUCCUGGCUGGUCCUCUCUGUCUCAGGAGAACACCUCACCUCCCCUCCCAGAUAUCUGGAGUGAUCAUCAGGGCUGUCAGACAGAAGGGGACCUUCCUCCAGGAUGGAAGAGGAUUACAGACAAGGCUGAUAUCUACUACUGGCAUAUCCCUAGUGGAGCCACACAGUGGGAGAGACCAGCGCCCAGAGACCCUCUCACCAGACAGGAGGGCUCUAGCCUGGGGGACACCACCUCAGCCUCCCCACCUCCAGACCACCAG